UCUUUCCGCUGGCGCACUUUUCUGCUGUUACACUGCGGAACAGUGCUUUAGUGCAGCCGCGUGAAAGUGCCCUCGGGGACAACGCGAUACAUUCCAGAAAUCGUUACUUAUUCCAUCAUAAAAUGACGGCCCCCUACACCAUGCAAAGGCAUUAACAAGCUUCCGCGGUCUUGCUCCGUCGACUAAGAUCUCCUUGCCAGUCUCUCCUGCCCUCAUUCAAUAUGGCGCCACCGACCAUUGCGCGAAGCAAACGACGAUCUUGUGGGCGUCAGUGGAUCCUCCGGUGUGAUUCUAUGGUUUGCGUAAGCCGGAAAUUUACCUUCCCCUUCCCUCAGUGCUUGUUGUGCAAGUGGCUGUUGAGAAAGCGGGGAGGUGAGGACAGCUCGGUUCUUUCCUUCCCCCUCGGCGGGGUCUCAGUGUCUUUUCAGGAGAGGUCUCGUCCCGGUGAUUUUGCUUGCAAUGCAGACUGCCUGUCAUCAGCACUGAGGCGCACUUUAGUAAAGGAAGAGAGCCGCCCAACGUCGGGGCAUUAUUGGUGCCUUUGUUUUAUCGUCACAGAAUUUUAUUCCAGAAAGCUUCUUUGCUACUAUAAAAUAUAUUCCAAGACACUUGAGUUAGGUAAUGGGAUCAGAGAACAGUGCUCUAAAGCGUGAUGCAGUUGAAGAACCUUCAUUUACACUACCUUCUGGAGUCAAUAUUUAUUCAGCAAUAUUGCAGCAUGACAAACUUGCUUCAGUGUUUGUUUACAACAGAGAGAAUGAAGACAAUGUUAACAGAGCUGCCAAGCACUUGAAAACUUUACGCCACCCUUGCCUUCUGCGCUUCCUUUCAUGUACUGUGGAGGUAGAUGGAAUUCACUUGGUUACAGAGCAUGUGCAACCACUGGAAAAGGUCCUGGAGACUCUCUCUUCUUCAGAGUUAUGUGCUGGAAUCUAUGAUGUUUUGCAGGCUCUUGUGUUUCUUCAUGAUAGGGGAAACCUAACCCACAAUAAUAUCUGCUUAUCCUCUGUAUUUGUGAGUGAGGAUGGACACUGGAAAUUAGGAGGAAUGGAAACUGUCUGCAAGCAGAAUGAAGCAACUGCAGAGUUUCUGCAUAGUAUCCAGUCAAUACGAGAGAAGACAGGAAUUCCACCUGAAGAACAGUCUGUAGACUUCCAGCUUCUUCCUGAAGACCAUGGGCAUUCCCGAGAUGCCUACUCAUUUGGUGUAAUGGUUGAAAAUCUGCUUACUUUUUUAAAUGAAGAAGUUUCAGAGGAUGUACUUUCCAGCUUUCAGCAUACAUUGCAGUCCACUUUGCUCAAUCCAGAUCUAACAUGCCGCUCCCCACUGUCCAACCUACUGUGUCAUCAAUUUUUUAGAAAUGAUUUCUUAGAAGUUGUGAGCUUUCUGAAUAGUUUAACACUGAAAUCUGAGGAGGAAAAAGCAGAAUUUUUCAAAUUCCUGCUAGAUAGAGUGGCUGGCCUGUCAGAGAACCUGAUUGCUUUGCGCUUGGUGCCUCUCCUGCUCAAUCAGCUUGUGUUUGCUGAGCCAGUAGCUGUGAAGAGUUUUCUUCCUCAUCUUUUGGGGCCCAAGAAGGAUAAAUUGAGUGACAGCCAGAUCAGUGGCCUACUGUCUCCAGCUGUGUUCCAAGCACAUGUCAGCCCAGUGCUGCUGAAACUCUUUGAGGUGCACGAAGAACAUGUUCGGAUGGUACUGCUGUCUCACCUAGAUGCCUAUGCAGAACUGUUUACACAGAAAGAGCUGAAAAACAUCAUAUUGCCACAGGUUUUACUUGGCUUGCGAGAUACUAGUGAUUCUCUAGUGGCUGUGACACUGCAAAGCUUAGGAGUGCUAGUCUCAUACCUUGGACCAGAUGUGGUUGUGGGGGGUGACCGAACAAAGAUCUUCAAGCGUUCAGCCCCAAGUUUCACUAAAAUUAUGGAUCUUUCCUCUGAAGAUUCUUCUGAUGAUGUAAUGAGCUGUGAGGGUAAACUAAUCUAUCUGCCACUACAGCAUAAUUCAAGUAUGUUUCUCAAGUGCCACAGUUCUGGAAGUUUGCCCUUCAGCAACAAGAACAAUGUACCAGGGGAAGGUUCUCACAUUGCUCUAAGAAAAGGGAAGCAAGACUCUUUGAACUUAUAUAAUAUUCCUAGUAGAAUAAGUACAAUAAAUAAUGGCAAACACUGCCACCAUGUGACUGAGAAGAAGACAGAAGAAUGGCCAGACUGGAAUGAAUGUGAAGAGCUCAAGUCAGAAAAAAAUAGAAUUGCUGAAUCCAAACUGAAAGACUUUUGUGUUAACAGCCAUCCAUGUCUUGCCAAUCAUGAUGGAGAAGAGAAAUCUUGGAUGAAGAAAGCUCCUAGCCCUCCCUUUAAGCUCUCUUUAGGAAACAGUCACUAUGAUAGAGGGAUAAAUGACAUCACAGAGCUGCAUCUGCCUCCAAAUACAUUUGAGCCCAAAAAAGAACUUAGAACUCUCCGAAAUGAUUCUUUGCCAGGAUCCAUCAGCAACAGAGACCAGAAUCAAAAGUUUUAUUUGACAAAAACAUCAUUUCCAGAGAAACCUAAGUUGAAAAGUGGUUUAGGAGAAGAGUUUGUAAUUCAGGUGAAGAGGAAAGAAUUGCAUGACACAGAGCUGGACUGGUUUGCAGACAUGGUCCCAGAUAUCAAAUCUUCAUCAUCGCUCUUAGUUCUACCAGAACUAGAGACCCAUUCAUUUAAUCAGAAUAACUCAGACACAGUUUUGAGCUCUAUGAGCGAUGCACAAGAAAUGCAGUUUUCUUCUAAAUUUGCAGCCACAGAAAUUACAGAGGUGGAUGGUGCUGGCUGGGAAGAAGAAGAAGAUGACCUAAAUUGGGAAGAAGAUACUAACUGGUGAUGAUGAUGAUCUUCUAGUGGUUACAGUUCAGUAGCUUCUUUCAAAGUACCCUGGACAUUCUUAUUCUUCUCCUCAUUCUGCACUUUCACAAGCAAUGAAAACUUGGUAUUUGCAUAUCAGUACAAGUGCUUGCCUUUCUGAGUUAAACUUUUAGGCCAAAACUACAGCAGGAAUUUCCUGGCCCUGGUUGCUAACAAUGAAUUAUUGGACAAAAGGGGAUGUUACAGAUAUGUGGCUUUAUAUUUCAACAACUAUUUUAUUUGUGAAGAAUUCUAGAAAAAAUAAAUGGAUAAAUCACUA